AUGAUGAAUACAAAAAUUUUGAAACUUUCACGUAAACUUAAUCAAACAUAUGCUUAUCAAAUUCUACUAGACUUAAUAAUGCAAUUUUCAAUAUUAUUGUUUACACUUUAUAAUGGAUAUAUUUAUUUGAUGUCAUUGAAUUUGUCAGAAGCAUUAUUAGAUAAACAAAUUAUAGAACUUUUAAUAUGGACUUUUCUACAUUCUACAAAAAUUAUUAUUGUAAAUAAUCAUUGUACUAAAUUUUAUCGUGAGGUAGAAGUAACAGCACAUUUACUUCGAGAAUUAGAUAUUUGCUAUUUGGAUAAUUCUAUUAGAAAUGAGAUGCAACAAUUUUCAUUACAACUUCUUCUUCAUCCUUUAAAAUUUACUGCUGGCGGUUAUAUUUUUAAUAACAAGUUAUCAACUGUGUUUUUUGGUACUAUAAUCACUUAUUUGAUUGUAUUAAUACAAAUGAAUUGAUCGCCAAGUUUAAAAUGAAAUCUUUGAACAAAACUUUAGAAAGAUUAAUGGUUUAUUAUUGCUAAAAUCAUUUGGAAGAAGAAAUAGUAAGAAAAUAAUAAA